AUGUUUGCAUUGCAUACCAACAUCAUUGGCAUUUUCGACCAUAGAGGCACAACACUACCACCUGAAUUCCAGUACUUGGAGGUUGAUGAUAGGAGCAGUGCGUGCAUCGACACAGGUGGCUCAGCUGGUGACCGCUUUCACAAGGAUGACAUGACAUCGACAGUAGCCAUUCUUAACGACGAAGAUUUAUCCCCGGGCUCUCGCUCGGAAGCGAUCGGCACCAUGGAGCUGGCUGCACGACAAGUGCAGUUCCAAGCCUUAGAAAAGGCGGCACUGGAUUUGCUGUUGAGUAGUCGAAUUAGUCGGGCGGUUCUGCUGGCGAUCAUCUUGGUCUUCAUUGAUAGGAUCUGCCACUUUUGGAAGGCCGCCCAGCCCAAGAAGGCCAAGCCGCAGCGAGAAGAAACGCCACGCCUUCUUUCAGAGAAACUAGAGGAGGAGGAGGAGGACGAGGAGGAGGAGGAGGAGGUGAUUCUAGAUGCUCUAGUCAUCUCUAGUCUAGGUUUCUUCGAUUUCUUCGUCCUAUUUUGGGAAACUUUCCACCUUUGGCGCUGCCGCACCAACGCUCUCAUUUCCAAUCGCUCGAGUUGGCAUCAAGUCCAUGCUCGGGCCACCGUGGAACCGCUCGACGAAAAUGCGAGUCAGCCUACACCCAUGACACCGCCACGCACCCCGCUGAAACCGUUGCAGUUCUGUGAGUACAGUGAUCGGUUGAUCCCAAGCAGGGCUGGAUCCAAUAUGGAGACAGGCUUCGACUUGCUGACCGAAAAUCACGGGCCUCGUAAAGUUCCUGGCCAUUUCCAAGGAGGCGACCCCUCGGCCUUCGCACGCUUGCUGCGGAACGAGUUGUUGGGCUUGGCUUCCCCUGGACCCAGCGACAGGGAGGAGCUACGCACUCCAGAGCGAGGUCUUUUUCGCUACAAGAGUCAACCAGAGGAGAUGGAGACAUCCGCUCUUCUGAGUGUAAGUACUUGCAUGGAAACACCCUGCAAGGUAGCGCGGCGCUUCCCCGCUGCUCCCUACAAGGUGCUGUCAGCCCCAGGUUUGGAGGACGACUAUUACCUGAAUCUCUUGGAUUGGUCUUCAGAGGAUCAGUUGGCUGUGGGCCUGGGUCGCGAUGUGGAUCUCUGGAACGCCUCGACAGGUCGCGCUUCCCGGCUCUGCGAACUCGACACCUCGGUGUGUUCCCUCCGCUGGCCUCGUCGGUGUUGCAACCAUCUGGCCCUGGGCCUUGCCAAUGGCGACGUCCAGAUUUGGGAUACCUCAGCUGGGGUGCAGCUGCAAGUCCUUCGUGGCCAUCGCAGGAGGUGCUGUGCAGUAAGCUGGGCCAGCCACGUGGAUCUCUUCAGCGGCUCGCAGGAUACGUCCAUCUUGCACUGGGACCUGCGUGAGCCCUGUGACGGUCGACCCGCUCAACGCCUGGCCGGACAUGCUGAAGAGGUCUGUGGCCUCAGUUGGUCUGAGGAAUUGCAGCUCUUGGCCUCCGGUGGCAACGAGGGCGACGUCCUCCUUUGGAGCCGCGGGACCUUGGAGCGGCGCCUGGGAAGCCAUACGGCGGCCUGCAAGGCCUUGGACUGGUC